AUGUAUGAUUUGUCUGUGAUCGCAAAUAGUACCGAAGAUCAAAUUUAUACGGAAGGCUUUAGUAGACAUUAUUUCAACCAAUUUGUAAGUGAUAAGUUAGAUCCAAACCGAACGAUUCCUGACGUCCGGCAUAAACUAUGUAAAAACAGAGACUAUCCAGUAUUCAAGUUACCAACUGUUACUGUUGUUAUUUGUUUUCUAAAUGAAGCUUUCUCGGCAUUGAUACGAACCAUCCAUUCUGUUAUCAAUAGAACUCCAUCAGAACUUCUUAAGGAAAUCAUUAUUAUUGACGAUUUCAGUUCAUUUGAAGAUUUAAAAGGACACCUUGGAACGCAUCUUAAAAUAAAAUAUUAUAAGAAAGUCAUCUUAUUGAGAAAUCCAGUGAGAAAAGGAUUGAUCAUGUCUCGGAUAAUUGGCUCCAGACAUGCUACUGCCGAGGUAUUGGUGUUUUUAGACAGUCAUUGUGAAGUGAAUACUGGAUGGAUUGAACCAUUAUUAGACAGAAUAGUUCUGAACAGAAAGACGGUGGUAGCACCAAUAGUAGAUAGUGUUGAUGCCUAUACAAUGGUCUAUGAUUCAGUUCCAGUACUUGUGGGGGGUUUCAAAUGGAAUUUAUUCUUCAGAUGGGAUCCGAUUCCAGUCAAGAUCAGAAAGAUGCUUUCAGAUCUAUCUCAGCCAAUUAAAUCUCCCACAAUAUCUGGUGGAUUGUUUGCUAUUGAUAAAGAGUAUUUCAAAGAACUCGGAGAGUACGACCCUAAAUUGAAGAUUUGGGGAGGUGAAAAUAUGGAAAUAUCUUUUAAAGUAUGGCAAUGUGGUGGAAAGAUUGAAAUUGUGCCCUGUUCAAGAGUAGGGCAUAUUUAUCGUCAAGUUCAACCAAACAACGACAAAAAUGAUGUCAAUAUUAAACGAAAUUUGUUACGAGUUGCACAUACCUGGAUGGACGAAUAUCAGCAAUAUGUGUAUGAUGCACGACCAAAUCUAGAAGGGGUGGAAUAUGGUGAUAUAACAGAACGAGUGACAUUAAGAAAUCGAUUACGUUGUCAAUCUUUUUCAUGGUACUUGAAGACGAUCUUCCCAGAACAGGUAAGGCAAUUUUCAGAUUCACAUCGCUUUGUACAUUUUACAGACAUUGUGCAAACACGAAUAGGAACUUAUUGCUCAGAAGGUUUUUGA